AUGAACGCUGUGAUGCAGCAACGAUACCCUCAUAACGACCUUCCGCCUUCUCCCCGUCAUCCUCAGGACGAUCUCAGACAGGCCCUCUCUCAGGCCAAUGCUAUUAUUGAACAGGCACCCCCUCCUAGUCUGAGGGAAAUAUUGACUGCAUAUCGUACAAAGGGAGACGGUGACAGAGACAUGCUCCUUGCCAUGCUCAACGCGAAAACAGCAGAGGAUCAGCGGAUAUCUUCCGUUGCAUCGCUCCAGCGUACCGUCAUCGAACUGUACCAACAGACAGGCAGCCCCGAGUUCCUUCCACCACCACGAAAUGGGGCAGGAAACUAUGCACCCUAUCCUCCUAGCUAUCCUUCACCUUCGUCGUCGUACCCUCCUGAUCAGCGGAGUUCACGACGGGCUAUGAACAGCCAUCGAACUCAGUCCGGUGGGGAAUCUCCACCAAGAACUCACUCACAUAUGCCUCCACCUCCUCGAGACGGUGCCAACUCGCAUCAAGAACCGCAUCCUCGAAAACGACAUCGAGCGUCUCGUUCACCAUCUUCACACCGGGGCGUCUACGAGCCGUCACAUCCGGCCGAACAAUUCCCUCCCUCCCCAUAUUCAUCCUCCGACCGCACUGGUGCAGCGCCUAGGCGAGAACCUAGAGAAACCAACGGAGAUGCCGCGCAGCAAGAGCGCGAAUGA